GACCGGAAGUACUGACCUUAUAGCACGUUUAGCAAAACACUACUUUGACAGUGACAAAUUCACUUUGUGCUCUUUCACUCAGGGAGAUGUCCCAGGUCCCUGGCUGCGAUCCAGCCUUCAUGGAGACCAUUAACAAAAACAUGUGCGUGCCAGAGCGUCUGAGUGUUGGCAGAGGGCAGCAGUGGCUGGAGGACGAUGAAGAGCAGUCCAUUGAGCCCCCACCUGCCUACACCAUGCAGGUUCCUGAUAGGCUGACAUAUACAGAAGCCCCGGAUAUGAACCCCAGACCUCUGUUCACCCCAUCCAAGCCAACUAUCUGCGGCCCUAAGGGUUUGGAGCCAUGCUGUGAAAGUCUGCCUGGAGAGGUCUUCUACAGAGAAAUGCUGCAGAGUCCCAUACGGAGAUCUUACAGUGACCAAAGCUUUGGCAGGACACCAACUGGCACACCGACCCAGCUGAAACAGGCACUUGCAUUGCCCAGAUACCCAUCCAGCUUUCAAGGUUCAGACUGUCCUCUCCACCCGUACUCCAGUGCUUCUGUUUCUGCCCAGAUCACCGGCCCUCAGGCCCAGGCCCAGCCCAUCCCUGUUGCCCCCCUCAGCCUCCUGUCUCCACAGUCCAUGCUACAGGCGGCCAGGCAGCUGGGCCUGCAGACCUCCCGGCGCUUCCUGCAGACAGUCAGCGAUAAAUACAGAUUUAACAACCAAGAGGAGCAUCCACCAGUGAGUGUCAUGAUGAAUGUCCCUACUUCAGCACACACUGAGCACAGCAGGAAAAGAGCUGUGGAGAACUGGAGCCUAGAAGAAGAGGGAGGAGCUACUGUGGAGUUCAUUGUCCUCAGGAGACAGGUGAUGAAGAUGAGUCGCCGGCUGGCGGCACUUGAGAGGCACAACACUGAACGGAGGAAUACAGAAGUUGUCCUGUUUUCACUGCUAUUCUCUGCUUGCCUGCUCAACAUGUGGCUGUGGAUCCGGAGAUAACACAAACUUGCACAUUUAUCUGACUAAACUUCCGAGUACUCCUUCAGGAAAAUAUAAACUUUAACACUGUUUGGAAUUGCUGUGUGUUUCACGUGAGGGUGUUUUCUUUUCCUCAUUUGCAUAUUUCCUAAUAUUUUCAGCAUUCAGAAUCAACAGCAAAGGCUACAGUCAACACUCAAUAAUCAUGCAGAGAGUUUAUACACUCACUCUCACUCUGGCUGUCUUCAUGUCUCUUUCCCCUACAGAUUAAUAUUUCUGGGAAAUGCGGGACUUGAUGAAAGUGUGUAAUAAAUGACAACACACGUGAGAAUUCUCAGAUAUCACAUUCAAUUUUCUUUCUCGAUUCAAGCCAGAUGUACAACUUUCAAUGUAAUCUCAGCUGUCUGUAACCUGAAAGUCAAACAAUAGUACAUACACACACAAGCACACAUACCUGCCCUCUAGAAAAUAUGCAACCAAGAUGUAUCUUACCAAAUGAAGCUGGUAAUACUGUGAUAAGGGCAAAAUGCUUAAUACAAAGAUCUUUCAGUAGAAUUACAGUGUUGUAUAGAGGUGAUAACAACAGACUGCAACUAAUUCUAGUACUAUUUCAUAAAUAUCACUCUGUUAGCAUUAUGUCAGACACAAUGUAGGAACUGUCAGAACACUUCAUUUCUGGG